AUGAAAGACGAUGCAACAGAGGCUGCUCUUGGUCUUCUUGGUCUCAAUGCUGCUUCCUCGUCCUCAAUAAUUCCGCGCAAAAGGACAGCCCCCGACGACGAGAAGGAGCCCGAGGGACAAAACGCCAACCCGGACUCCAUCAACUGCAUAUGCGGCUCCGACUUCGACGACGGCUUCUCCAUCGCGUGCGACGGGUGCUCUCGAUGGUGUCACGCGGCCUGCUUUGAUAUCGUGGAGGGAGGAGUGCCAGAAGAGUGGCAUUGUUGGGUUUGCUUGCCGAGGGACAUCGACCGAGAGCGGGCGGUGCGGUUGCAGAAGGAGAGGCAGCGAAACGUGCUGAGGGCAGAGGCGGAGAAGAGGCGGCGGCAUGUCAGUCCUGGUGUUGAGAGAAAGCAAGGCCGACGAACCAGCGCAGCCGCCAUCGACGGCGGCGGCAACGGGGGCACUAAGCGCAAGCGACGAACGUCAGUCAACGUCCCGCAACAGUCCGCAGAGGACGAGCACAUCGAUAUCGACGAGCCGUGGACGCACAGCUACGUUCACAUCACGAAGAACAACAUCCCGCACCAGGACACUCGAGACCGAUUGCAGCGUCAAGCCCAACAUUGGCGUGGCGUCACCGCCCUCUCGUCCUCGACCUCGUCCUUCUCCCACCCCGUCUUAUCGUCGAACACAAAUCCCGCCGUCCGCCCUCCCUCAUACGCGAUGCGCACCUCCCGCCCCAUCCCGUCCUCCAAGUUUAUCACACCAUUUACUUCCACCAUCAUCCCCUCUUCUGCAUACCUCUCCGAACCUCUCAACGCAUACGCCCACCACGGUAUGCCGAAGCCAUUCGUACAUCUCUUUGGGCCACCGCUCGACGUAGCUUUGGACGCCCGCAUACAAGGCAACGAAGCUCGGUUCGUCAGGAGCGGGUGCAAGCCCAAUGCAGUCAUCAGGCCUGUGAUAUGCGAGCAGGCCAAGUUAGAUCCAGAGGACCCGCUCAAGUUUGGCGUCUUCGCGCUGCGCGAUCUCAAAGCGAACGAGGAGGUUGUGCUAGGUUGGGAAUGGGAUGAUGGGAACGCAGUUCACAGCCUGCCGGCUCUGAUUGAAUCUCCCCAUCUCUUCGCGUAA